CGGUAGAGUAACAAAUUUUCAGUUUCGAAGUCAUCUUUGUGUUGUGCAGGUUCUUUUCAAAGCACAAAAAAACAUUUAUCAGCAAAUUACUGUGUACUCGUUUAUUAAAAGUAAUCAGACAAACAUUUAGAGAAAAAUGUCGGCUAAAGCUAUUAGAGAAGCAAGUGGAAAAGAUUUAUUGAAUCGCUUGUUGGACGGAACUUCAGGUGCUGCUAAAUGUAGAUUUGCAUCUGUGAAUGAAAACACACAAUGGGGACAGUUAGUGAUUGAUAAUCCAUGGCUAGAAGAGACCAAACUUGUGGUAAAGCCUGAUCAGUUGAUUAAACGUCGAGGCAAACUUGGGCUCAUUGCUGUAAACAAAACCUUUGCUGAAGUGAAAGAGUGGGUGAAUGCCCGCAUGAACAAAGAUCAGAAAAUUGGAAGUACUGUAGGAAAGCUUAGAAACUUCAUUAUUGAGCCCUUUGUUCCCCAUAAGGACGACGAAGAAGCAUAUGUUUGUAUUUAUUCUCACCGAACAGCGGAUACAAUUUUAUUUUACCACCAAGGUGGCGUUGACAUCGGAGAUGUAGACGCGAAGGCCGUUAAGCUUGAGGUUCCUGUUGGACAAAACGUCAGCGUAGAUCAAAUAACAAGCGUUUUACUGGGAGAGGUUAAUGACAAGAAAAAAAAACGCAUUGCUAAUUUUGUGGAUGCCCUUUACAAGCUAUAUGUUGACAUGUACUUCACAUAUUUAGAGAUUAACCCGUUGGUAGUGACCGAUGACAGUAUUUAUAUCCUCGAUUUAGCUGCCAAAUUGGAUGCGACCGCUGAUUUUAUCUGCCGAUCUAAAUGGGGUGAAAUUGAUUAUCCACCUCCGUUUGGGCGGGACGCUUAUCCUGAAGAAGCCUACAUAGCAGAUCUUGAUGCAAAGAGUGGUGCUUCUCUAAAAUUGACCAUUUUAAAUAAGGAAGGACGCAUUUGGACAAUGGUAGCUGGAGGUGGUGCCAGUGUAAUAUAUUCCGAUACGAUUUGUGAUUAUGGUGGUGCUAGUGAGCUAGCAAACUAUGGUGAAUAUAGCGGGGCACCCUCUGAACAACAAACAUAUGAAUAUGCAAAAACAAUUUUGAGUCUCAUGACAAAGCAAAAGCACCCAGAGGGCAAAGUGUUGAUAAUUGGUGGUGGAAUUGCAAACUUUACAAAUGUUGCCGCUACUUUCAGUGGCAUUAUUACGGCUUUGCGCGAGUUCCAAACACGUAUGAUUGAACACAACAUUUCGAUUUUCGUUCGUCGUGCAGGCCCGAACUACCAAGAAGGCUUACGUAAAAUGCGAGAAAUAGGUGGAAGCUUAGGAAUUCCAUUAUUUGUUUUUGGACCUGAAACACAUAUGACUGCCAUUUGCGGCAUGGCCUUAGGGAAAAAACCAAUUCCUCAUGCUGCUAAUGUGCACUUUGCGACAGCAAAUUUUCUUUUGCCCAGCGGUCAGCAGGAUCAAGAGGAUGAAAAGAAAAAGUCAGGAGCUAGUCAGAUGGACGGUGCAGCAGCUUUAUUAAACUUAGUAUUAAAUUCACCAACAUCAUCAAUGAGCAAUUUAAGUGGUAAUUUAAGUAGUCAAACUCCAAAUAAUUGUGUCAGGUCACCUUCUAAACUUGAAGUUGGUUCGGAAUCAUACAAGCAAAUGUUCACCAACUGUACCAAAGCCAUAGUUUGGGGCAUGCAAACUCGAGCUGUUCAAUCAAUGCUUGACUUUGAUUUUAUUUGUCGCCGUGAGGAACCAUCAGUCGUUGCGAUGGUCUACCCAUUCACUGGUUUUCAUAAACAGAAAUUUUACUGGGGUCAUAAGGAAAUUUUGAUCCCAGUCUUCCCUAAAAUGUCAGAUGCUAUUUCAAAGAACAAAGAUGCCGAUGUUUUAGUUAAUUUUGCAUCUCUACGUUCGGCUUAUGAAAGUAGCAUGGAAGUUCUUGAAUAUCCCCAAAUACGCACAAUAGCAAUCAUUGCAGAAGGUAUUCCCGAAAACUUAACACGAAAGUUAAAUGUCGCUGCACGUACAAAGGGAGUCUCUAUCAUUGGCCCAGCUACGGUUGGCGGUGUCAAACCUGGUUGCUUCAAAAUUGGAAAUACAGGUGGUAUGUUGGAUAAUAUUUUGCAUUCAAAAUUAUACCGUCCUGGAAGUGUUGCUUAUGUUUCACGUUCUGGUGGUAUGUCCAAUGAAUUGAACAACAUCAUCGCCAACACUACAGAUGGUGUAUUUGAAGGAGUAGCUAUAGGAGGUGAUCGUUAUCCUGGAACUGUUUUUAUGGAUCACAUAUUAAGAUACCAAAACGAUCCGGAGGCAAAAAUGAUCGUCUUGCUUGGUGAAGUUGGUGGUGUUGAGGAAUAUGAUGUAUGUGCUGCCCUUAAAGACGGUCGAAUCACAAAACCUUUGGUUGCCUGGUGUAUUGGUACCUGUGCAGGCAUGUUUAACUCUGAAGUGCAAUUUGGCCAUGCUGGUUCAUGUGCUAACUCUGAUGUAGAAACUGCUGUUGCUAAAAAUAAGGCCUUAGCUGAAGCAGGAGCAUACGUUCCCAACUCAUUUGAUACUCUUGGAGAUUUGAUUGGAAAGGUUUAUGGCGACUUGGUAAACAGUGGAGUUAUUGUUCCCGCUCCGGAAGUCCCACCACCUACCGUCCCAAUGGAUUAUUCGUGGGCAAGAGAAUUGGGAUUGAUCCGUAAGCCUGCCAGCUUCAUGACUUCUAUCUGCGAUGAACGUGGACAAGAGCUCUUGUAUGCAGGGGUUCCCAUCAGUGAUGUUUUAAACAAAAAUCAAGGCAUCGGAAGUGUUAUCUCUUUAUUGUGGUUCCAAAAAAAUUUACCGGCUUAUGUUUGCAAAUUUUUCGAAAUGUGUUUAAUGGUCACUGCUGAUCAUGGUCCUGCAGUAUCGGGUGCCCAUAAUACUAUAGUAUGUGCACGCGCUGGCAAGGAUUUGGUUUCUUCCUUGGUUUCAGGUCUUUUAACUAUUGGAGAUAGAUUCGGUGGUGCUUUAGAUGGGGCUGCGAAACAGUUUUCUGAAGCUUAUGAUUCUAAUUUACAUCCAAUGGAGUUUGUAAAUGCAAUGAGAAAAAAGGGUCAACUUAUCAUGGGUAUAGGUCAUCGUAUCAAGUCAAUCAAUAAUCCCGAUAUUCGUGUACAAAUAAUCAAAGAAUUUGUAAUUGAAAAUUUCCCUGCACAUCCUUUACUAGAUUACGCUCUAGAAGUAGAGAAAAUUACGACCAGCAAAAAACCUAAUUUGAUUCUAAAUGUUGAUGGAGUUAUUGCCACAUCAUUUGUUGAUAUGUUAAGAAAUUGUGGAUCUUUUACAAGUGAGGAAGCUCAAGAAUAUAUUAACAUUGGCGCAAUCAACUCUCUGUUUGUUCUUGGGCGUAGCAUUGGCUUCAUCGGUCACUAUAUGGAUCAAAAACGUUUGAAACAAGGAUUAUAUCGUCAUCCAUGGGACGAUAUUUCAUAUGUAUUGCCAGAAAGAUACAAUUAAUUAUUCCAUUUUCACAAAAUAAGGAAACUUAAACAAACGCGUAACAUGACGAAGGCAUUUACAUAGAACGAUUAAACAAUACAUAUAUUUUAGAGACGUAAAAUAACAUAAUAACAUAACUCAAAUGACAAACCUAAAAAUUGUGGAAAAUAAAAAUAUCAUUCAACGUUGUGGGAAAAUAUAAAAAGCGAAUAUUAAGAUUUUCUAAAUUGUUAAAUUAGGUGCAUUAGUUAUUAGAAAAAUGAAUGGCAAUUUUUUGACGUCAUUCAGUUAGUUGAUAAUUUGGAUUUUUGUUUUAAUUUAUUUUUAUUUUAUUUUUCCUUUUGUGACCGAUCUGUAUUUAUAAAAGAUAAAUAAAGAUUAUUUACAAAUAAUUGUGGGAUCUUUUAGUUAAAUAUUUGUAUUUAAAUAAAAUAAUAUCUUUACUAUUAUGUACAAUCUUUCAUUUGUGUUUCAACAAAUUUUUCAAAUUAUAAAAUAUUGUCUUCGUCAUAUACAUAAACAAUACAUGGAUAGUGUUAAGAUAUUUUUGCACAUGCUUUGAUAUAGUUUUGCACGAAAUUCAUGAAUAACAUUCGAAAAAAAAAAGUUUAUAUUAUAAGGAAAUUUAUGUGAAAGCACAUUGGUGUUAUCAAAGUAUAAAAAAAAAAUUGU